AUGAAUCUUCGCGCGUAUGACUCGUUGGAUCAGCCACCAGAUUCCGAGGAAACGUCCAAAACGAAGGCCAUAAUUCCGCUUAUUGUAAUAGCACAGAUUUUCGGCUUAGCUGCUGUCGUCACGUGCAUUAUUUGGAUGGGCUACUACAAUGAUGGAUUUGAUUGGGCCGAUUCUGCCUGUGUUUUCAACUACCAUCCCGUCUUCAUGGUGCUGGGACUCAUCUUCUGUUUCGGUGAUGCGAUGCUGAUCUAUCGUGUUUUCCGCUUCCUGCCAAAACUUCCCCUCAAGGCAGUCCACGCUGUUUUAAUGCUGCUAAGCCUCCUUUUUUCUGUGGUUGGACUGAAGUCUGCAUUUGAUUCUCACAAUCUUCGCGCCAUCCCCAAUAUGUACAGCCUCCAUAGCUGGAUUGGACUGGUCACUAUUAUCCUGUUCUCGCUGCAGUGGGUUAUUGGUCUAGUAACCUUCCUGGUUCCAUCAAUACCUUUGAGAUUGAGAGCCACGAUUCUACCCCUACACACAUCAAUGGGCCUUUUUCUCUUCUGCUGCGCUAUUGCUGCGUGCAUAUCCGGCAUCACUGAAAAGAACUUCUUCGGUGGCGAUACGUAUAGGCUUAUUACAUGCUUUUUUGCAGCAGGCCUCAGUCCCAUAGCGUUUCGACGGAUGAUUUCCCGUUUAGACGAGAGCGUGUAUAAGUGUGCGUUCACAAACAUAUUGCUUUUUUGUUCGAACAACUAUUACGCCAAUUCUAGGUACUCGAAUUUGCCGAUCGCCUCAAUGCUAUCCAACUUUAUGGGGAUCUUUAUAGUUGUUUUUGGCGGAAUCAUUUUCUACAUCGUCCACAGGCAUGACUACCGCAGAUUGGAGCCCCAGAGAGCUAAUGAGAGGGGCUUUGCAUCUCUUGAUUAA